GUUGCUUUAGCUUUCCUUCGGAGCAGCAGCUAGAUGUCAGUCCACACGACUUCGCCCACCUCGUCCAUUGUGGGGUCUGAUGAGGGGCGGGAUGCCAAGGAGACCCAAUGUCCCCGAUGUGGUACUGCUUUCACGACUAUCUUCCGGCGUCAUCACUGCCGCCGCUGUUGGGGCUUGGUCUGCGAUGACUGCAGCAGGCACCGGACGCGGAUUCCGCAGGAGCCCUCUUUGGGCAUUGUUCGAGUCUGCAACGACUGCUUCAAGGUCAUCGGCGACCAUCAUGCCGCAGGUGCAGAGGAGGAUUUAAUGCUGAACCAGCAGCUCAUUGAGCGCUUGCGAGGCGUCCUUGCGGAGAAGUACACGCAGAGUGAGGCGUUCAAGAAAGUGAUGUUGGAGCUGGAAGCGGAGGAGGUGGGUGACAGAUCCCGCCUGGAGCAGCAUGCGGAGGACCCGCACAGCGACGCGUUUUCCUUUCACGUGCUUCAAGACAAAGUGCAGCAGUCCUGGGGGAAGAUCUCCAGCUCUCUUGAAGCCCAGCAGAGCCGAAAACCGCAGCUGGAGGAGCAGCGCCGAGUGGCGGCGCAGCGGCGGGAAGAGGUAGCCAAGAAGGAGGAGGAGCUAAACUCAAGGCGCGAGAAGCUGGAAGGCGAGAUGGCCGAGGUGACUCGCCUGGAGGCUCGCAAAGAUGAGCUCUUCCGCUUGGAGGGGGAGCUGGAGCGUGCCGUUGGCGCUGAGCGGCGCCGGGUCCGUGAGCUCGAGCUGGGCCGCAAGGCCCAGCAGGAGCUGGAAGCUGAGCGACUUUGCCGGCAAGGCCACCGGCCGCGCUCCGGCAGCGAGCCGGUGGCCUUUACCAUCUCCACCGGGCGCCAGGAGUCGAGCCAAAGCAGAAUUGAAGACUGUAAGAGGUCUUGUGUUCUCUCUUGACUCCGUGCAAACGCUGAUCGAACUGAGAGUGUACAGAGUAUCACCAAGCCGGCGUCAUCAGAAGCCUUCAGCUUGAGAGCCAUUCCGAACAGUUCAGAGGAACGGCAGGCGUUCGCGGCAACACCACUGCAGUGAAACGCCAUA